AUGGUGACGACGGUGGGACUAGAGACUAGGAUGGAGAACUCGCAAAGUCGAAUCAGGAAGCGGCCCCGUUCGGCGUGGGACGUCGGCCCAUCUCAAUCUGAACCAGAGGCGCAACGGGCCAUGGUGGCAUGUAAUGAAGGGAUUGGAAGGCGUGGAUCGCCUCCGAAACGAGACGAUGAUCGGGAAGGACAUUAUGUUUACAAUCUUGGCGAGAAUCUCACUCCAAGAUAUAAAAUACUUAAGAAGAUGGGUGAAGGCACAUUUGGCCGAGUUUUGGAAUGUUGGGACCGUCAAGCACGAGAGUAUGUGGCAAUCAAGGUAGUUCGGAGCAUACGAAAAUACCGGGAGGCAGCAAUGAUUGAGGUUGAUGUGCUUCAGCAGCUUGCUAAGCAUGAUAAGGGCAUCUCAUGCUGUGUGCAGAUUCACAAUUGGUUUGACUACCGCAAUCACAUAUGCAUAGUGUUUGAGAAGCUUGGACCAAGCUUAUUUGAUUUUCUAAAGAGAAAUAAAUACUGCCCAUUCCCUGUGGAUCUUGUUCGGGAAUUUGGACGACAGCUUUUGGAAUCUGUAGCAUAUAUGCAUGACUUACGCUUAAUCCAUACUGACCUGAAGCCAGAAAAUAUUCUUCUUGUGUCCUCUGAAUAUGUAAAGCUUCCUCGUACUAAGAGGUUUUCUUCAGAUGAAACGCAUUACAGGUGCUUGCCCAAGUCUAGUGCCAUUAAGCUGAUUGAUUUUGGUAGUACUGUGUUUGAUAAUCAGAUUCAUAGCUCCAUUGUUUCUACCAGGCAUUACAGAGCCCCUGAGAUUAUUCUAGGUCUAGGAUGGAGUUAUCCAUGCGAUCUGUGGAGUAUAGGCUGCAUUCUUGUUGAACUUUGCGUGGGCAACGCAUUAUUUCAGACACAUGAGAACUUGGAGCAUUUGGCAAUGAUGGAAAGGGUAUUGGGACCUCUGCCGCAGCAAAUGACUCGAAGAGCCAACAAUGGUGCUGAAAAGUAUUUUAGGCGGGGUGCACGACUAAAUUGGCCUCUAGGAGCAGUUUCAAGGGAGAGUAUUAGAGCUGUGAAGAAGCUUGAUUGUUUAAAGGAUCUGAUAUCACGACACGUAGGGUCCUCGAAAGCCAGUUCCUCUCUGACUGAUUUGUUGUAUGGUUUGCUGAAAUAUGAUCCGUCUGAACGUCUCAUGGCUCGACAGGCCCUUGAUCACCCCUUCUUUAAAAUUCCAACCUGA